AUGUCGGCUUUGGAGAGAUUCAGGAAGCACGACUUCGCGGCCGACCCAAGGUGGAUCGAGUACGCCGCGAAGAUCGAGAUUCCGGGGUCUCACGGCGACCGCGAAGCCGCCAUGUUCCGCCGCAAAGUCAAGUGGUGGAAAGCGAACGUCGACGCGUCCCUCAACGUCGACGAGGCCGUCGCGGCCGCCAGCGCCUCCUCGGACGCGUACGAGCCGCGCAGCGUCCCCUUCGCCGCCCCCAGCUCCUCCGGGGGGGCGCACACAAGUAACCCCCCCCCCGACCGCCCGCCGCGGCGCGCCCCCGACGCCGCCCGCGCCGCCGCGAGCGCAGGCAUCGUCGCGGACGUCAAGGAGCUCCUCGACGUCCUGCGGCGCUCCGGCGACCCGCCGCGAACCCUCAUCAUGCACGCCGCACACCUCGUGCUGCCCGUCCUGGCAGCGCUGAGCCUGAUCGGCUACGGCGGCGUCGCGCCGGUGGGCCUCGUCGCGUGGGUGCCGAUCCUGGGGCGGUUCGCGGGCGGAACGGCGGCGUACGUGUGGGCGUGUCGGCUGGCGCUUGUGACGUCCGCGCUGCGCGUGAUGCCGCGGGCGGGGCGGUUCCCGAGCGUGGGGCUGUCGAUGGCGGCGCUGCGGCCGGUCGGCGCGUGGGUCGGGCGCGCGAUGAUGUACAUCGAGGCCCACCACGCCAUCACCAUGUUGUUCUUCAUGUUAUCCUUCCCGCCCCAGCCGCUGAUCGUGAUCCCGCCGACCGUCCUCGGGACCUACCAUCUCCUGGCGUUCCUCUCGCAGCGCGCCAGCAGCACCGCGCUGUAUCAGCAGCGCAUCGCUCCGCUGUCCGCGCACCUGGCGCGCCACCAGCAGCACGCCUCCCUCGCGAACGCCCUCCUCCCGAUCGUCGUGCUCGGCCUCAUAACGUUCCAAAUCGUCUGGCCGCUCACAGGCGGUUUUGGCGUCCGCCUCCGCCUCGCCGGCCAGGCGUACGCCCUGACACAGGUGCUCAAACUGGGGUACAUGGCGCCCGACACAUCGGCGCUCAACCGCCGAGCGUGGCGCCUGGUGGACGAACGGACGCGGAGUCUCCGGGCGAGGUUCCCAGUGUUGCAACAGGGCGUGGACAUAGGCCAGCGGUGGUUCUUCUCGUCGAUGCCGGCGCACGGCGGGCCGCACCAGCAGUAG